CCCGCCCCGCCGGGCAGGGCAGGAGCUGCGGCUGCGCGGCGCGCGCGGCCUUUUCCCGUUUGCUGCUGAGCGCAGUCGUUGUGCGGAGCGGGCGCCGGCCUCAGGGACCGGACAGUGCCUGGCACGAUGGGGUUUGUGAAAGUUGUCAAGAAUAAGGCGUACUUCAAGAGAUACCAAGUGAAAUUCAGGAGAAGGAGAGAGGGAAAAACUGACUACUAUGCUCGGAAACGUUUGGUUAUUCAAGAUAAAAACAAGUACAACACUCCUAAAUACAGGAUGAUUGUGCGUGUUACCAACAGAGACAUCAUCUGCCAGAUUGCCUAUGCCAGGAUCGAGGGGGACAUGAUCGUGUGCGCUGCCUACGCCCACGAGCUGCCCAAGUACGGCGUCAAGGUGGGGCUGACCAACUACGCUGCUGCCUACUGCACCGGCCUGCUCCUGGCACGCAGGCUUCUGAAUAAAUUUGGCCUUGAUAAGAUCUAUGAAGGCCAAGUUGAAGUCACUGGCGAUGAAUACAAUGUGGAAAGUGUGGAUGGCAAGCCUGGUGCUUUUACAUGCUACCUGGAUGCAGGUCUUGCCAGAACUACCACUGGAAACAAAGUCUUUGGUGCUCUGAAGGGUGCAGUGGACGGGGGGCUGUCUAUCCCUCAUAGCACCAAACGUUUCCCUGGCUACGACUCGGAGAGCAAAGAGUUCAACGCUGAGGUGCACCGCAAGCACAUCAUGGGCCAGAACGUGGCCGAUUACAUGCGGUACCUGAUGGAGGAGGAUGAAGAUGCCUACAAGAAACAGUUCUCCCAGUACAUAAAGAACAAUGUAACACCUGAUGGGAUGGAAGAAAUGUAUAAAAAAGCCCAUGCUGCUAUACGGGAUAAUCCAGUCCAUGAAAAGAAACCCAAGAGGGAUGUCAAGAAGAAGAGGUGGAACUGUCCCAAGAUGUCUCUUGCCCAGAAGAAAGACCGCGUUGCUCAGAAGAAGGCCAGCUUCCUCAGGGCCCAGGAGCGCAGAACGGAGAGCUAAGACAACUUCCACAGUUUUCUGUGAAGCUUUGGAAAAAGAGGCAAUAAAUUUAUUGAGGAAGCAA